GUCGAGUUGAAGUUGGAAUCACAAGUCCUGCGGUUAAAAGUUCCUCCGCUGGUUUGAGCAUUUUAUGAAGAGGUUCAGAGAGACUGUUCCACUGGAACGCACUCCUCUGUACCCAUUCGAGUGGAUUUAGGAUGCCUUAUACGACAUCCAGCGCCUUCUUUGAAGUUCUGUCCUUAUGGGGGAUCACACAUUGCUUUGUCAAUUUGGGAUCUGACCAUCCCAGCCUGGUGGAAGCCCUCGCUGAGGCCAAGGCAAAUGGGAGGAUUGUGCCGCGUAUAAUUACUGCCCCGCACGAGUUUGUUGCUCUUUCUGCAGCCCAAGGUUUCUAUCAAGCGACAGGAAAGGUAGCAGCUGUGAUCCUUCAUGUUGACGUCGGGAUGCAAAAUGCUGGUGGGGCGAUUCACAACCUGUUUCGAUCCCGCACUCCCUGCAUAAUUUUUGCUGGGUUAAGUCCAUUCACCCAAGAUGAUGAACUUCCUGGCACUAGAAACGAGUUUAUUCACUGGGCAAGUUCGAGUGCUGACGGGGAGAACAUUGGAACUGAGGCUGUAUAGAUUCAAGACAAUCACAACCAGGCUGGUAUUGUUCGAGAUUACAGCAAAUAUACAUACGAAAUCCGGUAAGCGGUUCGGAACAUCCCCGUGAUAUGCUUUUCAUUCAUCUUCUAGAACGGGUCAAAACAUUGCACAGGUUAUGUCCAGAGCGCUACAGCUUGCAACCAGUGAGCCAAUGGGGCCAGUGUAUCUUCUUGGUGCCCGCGAAGUCAUGGAGGAAAAUGUUCCUGCCCCUUCCUUGAAUCUCUCUCACUGGCUACCUGUUGCCAGUCCAGCUUUAUCGCCUGCGGCUGCAUCGACCAUUGCAGACCUCUUGAGUCAGGCACACUCUCCGUUAAUUUU